UUACCAGUUAUAUGAUAUUUCAGAAACCAGAUUAUGAAUACCUGUGGGUUUGUUAUUUUUUACACUAGCAUGAAUAUUGGGUGAGUAUGAAGCCAGUACAUUUUCACCAGGAAAGUUGCAUUUGUUGAAUUAACAAUUUAUUGAAUGACCGCCGUAAUGUUUGCAGGAGUUUGCUGUGAUUAGAUGGAUCAGUCACCUUCUCAGGUGAAACUGUUAAAUUGUCCAGUAAAAUCUCUGGGUUUGAUAUGACAGACUACUAUAUGACCUGGAUAAGACAGAAACCAGGCAAAGCUCUGGAGUGGAUUGGGAGAAUUAACUCUGGUUCAACAGAUGCUCCAGUCUACUCAGAAUCCCUGAAAGGCCAGUUCAUCCUGACUGAGGAUGUCUCCACAAGCACCUAGUUCUUAGAGGCCAAGAGUCUGAGAUCAGAACACUCUGCUGUUUAUUAUUGUGCUCGAGAGGCAAUGUGACUGAAAUUGCUGGGGCAGUUGCACCAAACCAGUCAAAACUAUGCCACAUAUGCACAUGCAAUACCUCUUUGGCCAACCUAGGGGUCACUGCCCCUUCUUAGAAUACCACUGUUCUACAGUAUGAUGUCCCAAUACUGUACUAUUUUAUGUAACACUCCACAUUCUUACAAAUUCUCAUUCAUAUUCCUGUAGUGCAAAGACCAUUUAUUUUACAAUCUAAAGAGAUGAUGCACAACUCACUCUUUAAGUUUUAUAAUUAUAUAUGCUCAUCUGUGCACUCUAUCCUUCAUCCACAACGGACGGUGAGAACGGAUUGGCAUUUCUUUAUUUCUUCAUUCAUUUCUUAUAAAAUCUGACAAGAUCAACUCUACUGGCUAAAGACACAUUCCCAAGCCUCAUCAACUGCUCCGACUUUGUUCCCUCUUGCGCAAUGUGGCUCCGGGACCGGAGAUAUGAUGACUCUGGGUUGCAUUGCCACUGGCUUCACGCCUGCCUCCCUCACCUUCAAAUGGAAUGACGAAGGCGGGAAUUCCCUGACUGAUUUCGUUCAGUACCCUGCGGUCCAAACCGGUGGAAGCUACAUGGGAGUCAGUCAACUCCGUGUAAAGAGAGCAGACUGGGACAGUAAAAAAUUUGAAUGCGCCGUGGAACAUUCUGCUGGAUCAAAGAAAGUACCAGUGAAAAAACAACUGCAGCGGGUCAUUCCUCCAAAUAUCACACUGUAUCCUCUCUGGGAGGAACUGGAGGUAGGAUCGAAGGUGGGAAUCCUCUGCAUCCUGAGUGGGUUCUACCCUGACAAGCUAAGUGUGGAGUGGCUGCUAGAUGACAAGACUGUGACCACAUCUCCAGUCCAGCAGAAGCUGCAGAGUGUAGAAGGUGAGGAUAAAAUAUUCAGCCUGAACAGCCAGCUGGAGCUGGACCAGAGCCAAUGGACUCAAGGGUCAGAGGUCACAUGCAAGGCCACCCACAAUGCAGCACAAGGACCACCUACAGGAACACCAGUCUCCAGGACCACCAGCAUUUGCUCAGCGUUUCCCUCGUCUACUCCAUCCAUCCACCUGGAGACCCCCACAUUCAGGACAGUGAUGACACAGACUGAGGUAACAGCUACAUGUGUGGUCCACUCUGCGUAUGAUGCCAAAGUGACCUGGCUUCUGGAUGGAAAAGAUCCAACCAGCAGGACCAAAGUGAACCAGGCCAGCAGCACAACUCAGAGCAUCAGCAGUAACCUGACUCUUCCCUCAAGCCAAUGGAAAACACUGAACACAAUAACAUGCAGAGCUGAACAUCGCUGCUUCAACUCCACAGAGAAGACCAGUAAUGUUAAAGGGCCUGCAGUGAGCAGCACUACCACAGUUCUGAUCAGGAGGUCUCUCCCAGAGUUACUGAAGGGAGACAGUGCUGUGCUGGAGUGUGCCAUCACACAACUCUCCUCCAGUGACCUCUACGUCACCUUUCAGGCCAAUGGGGUUGAUUUCCCUGAGAAACAGUAUGUGGAUCUGCCUGCCUCCAAUGGCCCCCAUUCACUCACCAAACGGUUCUCUAUCCCCAAAUCACACUGGAAGACAGACAACACUUUCACCUGUAAAGUGAACCAAGGCUACUCCAACAGCUGGGUGUCUAGCUCCAAAAUCAAGCUUUUUGGUGAACUGUCCAUGGAACUCCUUCUAGUCCCCAGUGAGGAGUCGUCUGGCUCAGGGACCCAGAAACUCAUGUGUUCUGGGUGGGGCUUCAACCCUAAGAUCAAGUGGCUCUCUGGGUCUGAACAGAAGUCUGCAGCAGACAAUGAGAUAAGGAUGGGGGAAGACGGACAUGUGGCACUAACCAGUCAUAUCACAGUAACACAGCAGGAGUGGAAUGAGGGGAAGGACUUCAUCUGUGAGGUAGAUGACAAAGACCUUCAGAAAACUGUCAGGAAGAGCACCAGUUUAUGCACAGCUUUUCCCUCGUCUACUCCAUCCCUCCACCUGGAGACCCCCAGAUUCAGGACAGUGAUGACACAGACUGAGGUAACAGCUACAUGUGUUGUCCACUCUGCGUAUGAUGCCAAAGUGUCCUGGCUUCUGGAUGGAAAAGACCCAACCAGUAGGACCCCAGUGAACCAGGCCAGCAGCACAACUCAGAGCAUCAGCAGUAACCUGACUCUUCCCUCAAGCCAAUGGAAAACCCUGAACACAAUAACAUGCAGAGCUGAACAUCGCUGCUUCAACUCCACAGAGAAGACCAGAAAUGUUAAAGGACCUGCAGUGAGCAGCACUACCACAGUUCUGAUCAGGAGGUCUCUCCCAGAGUUACUGAAGGGAGACAGUGCUGUGCUGGAGUGUGCCAUCACACAACUCUCCUCCAGUGACCUCUACGUCACCUUUCAGGCCAAUGGGGUUGAUUUCCCUGAGAAACAGUAUGUGGAUCUGCCUGCCUCCAAUGGCCCCCAUUCACUCACCAAACGGUUCUCUAUCCCCAAAUCACACUGGAAGACAGACAACACUUUCACCUGUAAAGUGAACCAAGGCUACUCCAACAGCUGGGUGUCUAGCUCCAAAAUCAAGCUUUUUGGUGAACUGUCCAUGGAACUCCUUCUAGUCCCCAGUGAGGAGUCGUCUGGCUCAGGGACCCAGAAACUCAUGUGUUCUGGGUGGGGCUUCAACCCUAAGAUCAAGUGGCUCUCUGGGUCUGAACAGAAGUCUGCAGCAGACAAUGAGAUAAGGAUGGGGGAAGACGGACAUGUGGCACUAACCAGUCAUAUCACAGUAACACAGCAGGAGUGGAAUGAGGGGAAGGACUUCAUCUGUGAGGUAGAUGACAAAGACCUUCAGAAAACUGUCAGGAAGAGCACCAGUUUAUGCACAGCUUUUCCCUCGUCUACUCCAUCCCUCCACCUGGAGACCCCCAGAUUCAGGACAGUGAUGACACAGACUAAGGUAACAGCUACAUGUGUUGUCCACUCUGCGUAUGAUGCCAAAGUGUCCUGGCUUCUGGAUGGAAAAGACCCAACCAGUAGGACCCCAGUGAACCAGGCCAGCAGCACAACUCAGAGCAUCAGCAGUAACCUGACUCUUCCCUCAAGCCAAUGGAAAACCCUGAACACAAUAACAUGCAGAGCUGAACAUCGCUGCUUCAACUCCACAGAGAAGACCAGAAAUGUUAAAGGCUCAGUGACCCCCUCCGCACCAACAGCCACCCUGCUCCAGGGUCCCAGUGAGCUCGUCUGCCUGGUGCUUGGCUUCAGCCCUUCAGACAUCAACAUCACCUGGCUGCUGGACAACGUCACAGAGCUUUGGAACAACAACACUAGCACCCCCUACAGGGCACCAGGAGGAAAGUUCGGCAUCAGGAGCCACCUGAGCCUGGCACACCAGGAUUUGACACCGGGGGCUGUUUACACCUGCAGGGUGACCCACACCACCCAGACUCUGGCCCUGAACAUAUCCAAACCAGAGCUCCUUGAGGUGGAGGGUGUCUUCUUUGACGAGAACAGGUCUGAACCCAUUCUGGUGGACACUGCAGAGGAGAACUGGAACAUGGCCUGCAUCUUCCUGGUCCUCUUCCUCAUCUCCCUCCUCUACAGCUUCACAGUCACUCUGGUCAAGACAAAAUGAUGACUUCAGGACACUUCCUGAUGACUUCAGGACACACUAUAUGAUGGAUCCCUCGGAGUUCAACUGGAAAUGAGACCAUUUAUUUCAACCUUUUCUUAUAAAAUCACAACACGUUUCUUUAGAACGUGCAUAGAUUUAAUUACAUACGGUUUCCUGUAGCUGGUGACAGGGAAGUGACAGGGAAGUGUUUGAUGACAGGGAAGUGUUCUUGUUUUUAUUCCCCACAAAAACAGACAAUGUGGUGGUGCGCUUACUUGCUCUCAUCUCUUGUUAAUGCGUUAUAGAAUUUUUGAACAGUUAAUGCGUUAUAGAAUUUUUGAACAGUUAAUGCGUUAUAGAAUUUUUGAGCAGAGAUAAAAAAAAAGAUGUUUAACCUCUAUUAAAUAAGGCCGACCAUUACUCUCUAUAAUGAAGUAUUUAGACACCAGUUAUUGCUGAAUUAUCUGCUGAUAAUAAAACAUUAUUUCAAACAA